AUGCCGCCCCGAACGAGAGCGGGGGUUCAAAGCCAGAAACAAAAGGAAAAGCUUGCGAGCUCCUACAAUGAACUUCUCGAGGAGUUCUCGUCCAAGGAUCUCCGGAGUGUAGGCAACUAUACGCUGGGAAGGCUCAUUGGAAAGGGAUCCUUUGGCAAGGUCUACCUCGCGUCACACAAGCUCACCAAUGGCUCCAAGGUCGUGCUCAAGUCCUCCAGCAAGGAGGACACGAACCUCGUGCGCGAGAUCCAUCACCAUCGCCAAUUCCUCCAUCCCCAUAUUGCGCGGCUAUACGAAGUGGUGGUGACCGAGAGUCUGGUCUGGCUAGUGUUGGAAUAUUGUCCUGGUGACGAACUUUAUAAUUACCUCCUUCGCCACGGCCCGUUACCGGUAGAGAAAGUGAAGCGGAUCUUCACACAAUUGGUGGGAGCCGUAGCGUAUGUCCACAGCAAGUCCUGUGUUCAUCGUGACCUCAAGUUGGAGAAUAUCCUUUUGGACAAGCAGGAAAAUGUGAAGCUGUGCGAUUUCGGAUUUACGCGCGAAUACGAAGGAAAGGCCAGCUAUUUGCAGACCUUUUGUGGGACGAUAUGCUACAGUGCACCAGAGAUGCUGAAGGGGGAGAAAUAUGCCGGGGAGAAGGUGGAUGUUUGGAGUUUGGGAAUCAUCCUCUAUGCGCUGCUUGCUGGCGAGCUGCCAUACGAUGACGACGACGACCAGGUCACAAAAAGGCGGAUUUUGGCAGAGGAGCCCACGUACAAUGACAAGUUUCCAGAUGAUGCCAAGGCAUUGAUCAACCUGCUGCUGUCGAAAAGGCCAUUGAUCCGGCCAAGUCUAGAUGAGAUUCUGGCGCAUCCUUUUCUCUCUGAACAUGCCCCUGAACAGCUUGCUAUAUUGAAGAUCCCACGGCCUUCGCCAUUCACCACGCCGUUAGAGAAAACUACCUUGCAGCGGAUGAAGAGUGCCGGCGUCAACAUCGACGAAGUUAUUGAGAAUGUUCUAGCUCAGCGCUGUGACCCAUUGGCUGGAUGGUGGGCGUUGCUGAUUGAAAAAGAGCAGCGGAAAGAGCAAAAGAGAGAACGCAAGCGUCGCGAGCGAGAGGUUGACGCUAAGAAUCUGCGUCGUCUUAGCGCUGCUAGCAGUCGUUUGGAAAAGCGGUCAUCGGCUUUGAUGGAAGUCAAAGAGGAAGGUCAGGCAAACUUGGGAUUGCAUGAACGUGGAAGACGCGACAGACGAAGCUUACCAUCGCAACUGGCAGUUCCGGAACUUCCUGCGCUUCCUGAACCGCUACCGGUGUUCCCACCGGAGGCGACGACACCACCGUUGCCCGUUGAUAAAGAUUCCAUUCGAUCCCACGGUUCAUCACGACGCCGCCCAGUUCCUCCGCCCAAAGACCGACGUCGAUCCCGGCCCAGCAUGCUGCAUGUUAGUGCAUCGCAACCUGAGCUAACACAGCACCAUGGUAUCUUCCGACGUCGUACUAGUCGCCGCCAUCAGUACCCGAUACUCAGCCAGCUGGCCUCUCUUAAGCACUGGUUUGUGGAAUCCGCAAAACGAGCACGGUCUCCCCAUGCUAAAUCAGGCAACUCUCGCAAAUUGUUCUCUGAAAAGUCGAGUCCGGCCAAGAGUCAGGACACCGGGAAAAAGCCGGCGACUUUGUCGUCUCCGGCAAGUGAAAUUCCCGGGGAAGAAGUGGUGACACCAACCCAGAUCAAGCGAAUCUCCGGUGCCAGCAGUCUCGCUCCUAGCAGUGCUUCAUACCGCCAAAACCGACACUCCUACCCUCGUCAACCGCGUCCAUUGAACACCGGUCACUCAAGUCAUCGCAACUCUCUUUCACCUUCCCCCAUCACCCCACGCGGUUCCUAUCGGCGUUCAUCGGCCGGACUACGAGGACGCAAAUCCACGUCGUCCUCGGUUUCCUCAAUCCGCAGCAUUCACCACACUCGCGCCCACUCUAAGGCAUCAUCCAUCUCCUCUAAUAGCGUGGAUACUAUAUCAACACCAACUGCCAGAGCCUCAAAAUCACCCCACUCAUCCAUCAAGGUCCUGCCUACCACACCAGGUGCUUCUGCUCGUUUCCCUAGCAACAUUCGGUUGGUAAGAGGACCGGGUGGAGCACCUCGAGAACUGGCUGAUCACGAUCAAAUGCCUUCGGCGUUCAAUGAGGUGGCACCAUCACCAUUAUUGUACUCGCCUUCAUCCAGCCUGGUGUUUGCGCGACGCAAGCGAUCCGCGUUCAAGGGUCCCAUGAUCCACACAAGUAAUUUGAUGGGAGGCGGUGGAAUGGCCAGCUCACCUGUUCCCGGCCAGCCAGUCAACACCAGCGAGUCUAGUAUCCCGGCAGGCCGACCUGUGGCACGCAAGAGCCAAAUCAUCGAAGAAGAGGAAGACAUGGACGGAAUCGAAGAAGACGUCGAAGAAGAAGAAGAUGGUGAUGGGUUUGUCACUGAUCCUGGCACGCCAGGUGACCCCGUCAACCCAUAUGACCAGCUCACCGACACCACCCCGAGAGGCUCAAUUGACCAGGAGGCUGGAUCUCCCUCGGGUGAAAAAACGCCUCUUGCCCCUACGCCGGGUCUUGAAAAUAGCCCCCUUCGGCCUCCUCGUUCUUCUUCUCUGCGUUCGCCAACCGACGUUGCAGAGGACAAGAUCGGGACAGCCGAGUGA